AUGCCGGCGGCGGAAGAGAAAAGCACAGAUUGCCUCCCUCUUGGCGACAACGUUCCUUCAACAGGAGAGAUCACGGCGCCGGCGAGACCCCCCUCCAGGAGGUUGCUGGUGGCCGCCCACGAAAAGCACGCAUCCCCCCUCCCUGUUCUCUCUAAGGAUGUCAGUAUUAUUUGCGAAUUCUUUUCUCAUUUGGACAAUAUUGUCGAUAUUGUUACUUCUUCUACUAAGUGCAUUGCUGAGUUACAUACUGCACAAAGAAAUGAAAUUGAACAUAUAUUGGCAAUUGGAGAACGUGAUUAUGGAAGUGGAGCCAAUCAGAUUGGUAAUUUGCAGCGAGCAGGAGCUACUUGUUGGAGUUCUCACUAUGACUCAGUAAAAAGCUUGAUAGUAAUAGAUUUCAUCUUGAUGGAGUUAAAUACUCGGUUCAAUGAGUCAUCAGUGGAACUUCUUUCUGUUAGUACAGCUUUAGAUCCGAAAAAUUCAUUUGAUUCAAUUAACAGUGAUGAUAUUUGCAAACUUGCAAAGAAGUUUUAUCCUGAAGAUUUCACAAAUCAAGACAUCGUUGCUUUGGAAUAUGAAUUGCAAUUGACUGAGAGUGGGCGGUCAAAGGUUUACAUUAUGUUAACUAAAUUGAUUCAUCUCGUUUUGACAUUACCUGUUUCUACCGCCACUACUGAGCGAGCCUUUUCAGCAAUGAAGCAUGUGCAGACGACACUUCAUAAUAAAAUGGAGGAUGAUUUUCUUGAAGAUUAUUUGACACUCUAUAUUGAACGAGAUUUAGCUAAAAAUAUAGAUGUAGAUUCUGUUAUAGAUGAAUUUUAUGUUUCAAAAUCUCGUAGGGCACAACUUUGUUGA